AACUACAAUUAUUUCUAAUUAUUAUAUAAUUUACAAUAUUUAAUAACAAUUUUUAUUAAUUAAUUGAAUUAAAAUUAUUUAAAAAUCAACCAAACCGAAUGUUGACUUCGGUUUGACCAUGGUCAAACCGAAAAUUGACUUUGGUUGAGCCAUGGUCAAACCGAAGUCAACAUUCGGUUGAGCCAUGGUCAAACCGAAGACUUCGGUUUGACCAUGGCUCAACCGAAGUCUUCGGUCGGUGACUGCGAGUGGCUUACCUUCUUCUCCGGCGAGCACGGAUGGCAGGCGAGAGGAGGGCUGACGGCGACGGCGACGGCGAGUGCGUGGCGGUGUGGGACGGCAGGCGAGAGGAGGGCUGACGGCGACGGCGACGGCGAGUGCGUGGCGGCGUGGGACGGCAGGCCACUAGAGGAAGGCUGCGACGGCGCACGACGAGGACUGACGGCGACGGGGGAAGGGCGAGGUGGGCCGGCGGGUGACUGACGGCGACGACCCGCCGUGGUAUCUCUGCGGCUGGGCGACGGGGGAGGUCGGCGGCUGUUGGUGGACGGGGGAAGGGAAGUGAUGCGAAGUGGAGGAAGGGAGUGUUUGGCUAGGGUUUGUGUUUUAAUUUUAAAAAGGGUAAUUAAGUAAUUUACGUAUUAAGUUAGGACGACGAUUAGUAAUUUUUAGGACGACCUUUAACUAAAAAGGUAUGAAUAAUAUUUUUUUUGGCAAGCAAAACACUCAAUUACACGCCCAAAAAAAACAGAGGAUAACAUAAUUAAUAAUGAUUAGUAGUAUAAGUAUUUAACGAACUCCAACUGGUUUUUUACCCUGAUUGACUCGGGCCGUAAAUGGGAAUUACGUUGUUAAAAGUUAAACCGUACUGUACCGUGCAACGCUGUCGUAUUAUUUUGGAGCUAUUAGAAUUGCGUUGUUAAAAGUUAAACCGUACCGUGCUGACAAGCCUCAUCUCACAUUGGUUUAUCUAACAGAGCGUCACAUGUCAUAUGGUUUUAGUACAAUUUUGGGGAUGUGGUUUUAACAUUAAGUAUCAUUGUAUCAUGGUGUGAAUUUAUAUAUAAAAAUUUCGAAAGGAUCGAGGGUAUUUUGUUAAAUUAUGUUAUGAUAACAAAAUAUUGAUCUUUUAAAGAAUAAAAGCUAGGUACGAUUGUAUGAACUUUUUAUCAAAUUGUACAAAAAUAAAAUGCGUGCAAUGAUAUACCGUGAAUACAGGGAUGGCAAUGAAACCCGAACUCUCGAGAUAUUUUACUCUUGUUUGGGAAUGCAAUAUUAGGCACUUGCCUACGCAUAAGGCAAGGCUGAAAACCCCUGUCUAAGAUGUGCAAAACGGUGUUCAAAGCUCUUUAAAGGUGUAAGGUCAUGUCUAGACGUGCAAGCCCAUAUUUAGGCAUAAUGAGACGAUACUAAAGCGAAGAUGGUCAGAUUCUGAGUAAAUAAAAAUUAAAACUCACACAAAAUGAGGGGAGAAAAAGACACGGUAGCAUAAAGAUUCAAUCUAUCUUAUACUCUCUCUCUAGUUGUUCACGUUACGUUAGAAACAACAAGACGAAACAAAAAUAACCAUGUUUUGGAUUAGAUUGAUGAAUGACAUGGUGUAUCAUGAGUGUUUUGGAUACAAUAGGAGCCAUUAAACAAUUUGACAUUCAUAGGAGUGCAAUGGUGGGAGUUUUUCAUGACGAAUAACUCGAGUUUCAAGAGGAAGAGAAGACGAUGGGGCAGAUAUUGCUUUCGAGGACAAUGAAAAUGGCAUGGUGGUUGGGUUAACCUAUUUAAAUGAUUAAUGAUGUUAUCGUUGAGUGUGUUCUACUUUCAAUGAACUUUUAAUUCUAUGAAAAUCCGAGAUAUUUUGCUGGUUAUAAAGGGUUAAACAAGUCAUUAAUCAUUUGAAUCAAUGUGAUUAACGGUUAAAAAAUUGUUAUUUCGCUUCAAGCACCUAGACGAUAGGCAAUGGUCAUGCACAUGCCUUGCAUCUAAACCUUAUUCAACACUUGUUCUACUUGUUAUGUCAGUCAAUAUAAGUGAAACUGUUUAGAAUCGAUUACAAAUACUAUAUUUUGAAAGUGUUUGUAAGGGUGCGACUUACUUGUACAUGGUUGGGUAGUCCCCGAACCGAAGUUUGCCUCAUACCCUCCUUGAAGUAUAUCGUCGCAAACUUCAAUUAUUCAUGAUUAUAAGUUUAUAACCCAUCUUUAAACCCUUACAUCUAAUAAUUUCUCGCUUUUCCCACCCCCUCUGUCCAAACGGAAUGGAAAUCGACAAUGCAAGAAAGGUUACAACACACAAAUUUACGUGGUUCACACAAGAUGUGCUAGCUAAUCCAUAUACACGAGAGACCAGUUUUACUAUACUUCAGGUUAUACAUAUUACAAAGUAAUUUAUAAGAUAUAUAUAACACAUUCUCCAGAUAGUCUAAUCCUAAUUCAAUCUAAAAAAACAAAAGGUUAUAAAUAAUACCCCGUGAC